AGAUGUUUGAAGUUUAUGACAGCAAUUAAAAUUGCGAUCGGCGAUGUUUAUUUUGAAAUCAUACAAAGCCUAUAUUAGUAAUUAACUGUUCGUUCAUCGACGAACACUAAUUAGUAGUAGUACUCUUGAGUCGAAGCAAAAUAGUGAUUUUGCGAGAGUACCUGUAAGUGCUUGAUAUUCAUAAAAGCAGGAAUAUGAAGAUACUCAUAAUAUCGUUAAUAUUAGGAAUUAGUUGGGGCAAAAAAAUCCAGAUGCGCGACCCAGGGCCUACGUACAAUUGCACCCAUUGCCAGCCAGAACAAGUGCAUAUUGCCUUCGGAGAGAAAGUGAACGACAUAGUGGUGACAUGGUCGACGUUCAACGCGACGGGCGAGUCGCGCGUGCAGUUCGGCGAGGGCAUCAUGGACCGCGAGGCGCGCGGCUACAGCCAGCUGUUCGUUGACGGCGGCAAGCUGCGCCGAGCACAGUACAUACACACCGUCACGCUCAAGGAUCUUAACUAUGACACCAGAUAUGUAUACCACGUGGGCUCGAUAUACGGCUGGUCGGACCAGUUCUGGUUCAAAACGGUGCCGGCGGGCGACAACUGGCCCGUACGUGCUGCCAUCUACGGAGACAUGGGCAACAAGAACGCACACUCGCUGUCAUACCUGCAAGACGAGGCCCAGCGGGGUCGAUUCGACCUGAUCCUGCACGUGGGUGACUUCGCGUACGACAUGGACACGAACAACGCACUCGUGGGUGACGAGUUCAUGCGGCAGAUACAGCCUCUAGCGGCCCUCGUGCCCUAUAUGACCUGUCCCGGCAACCACGAACAGGCAUACAACUUCAGCAACUAUGCGGCGCGGUUCUCGAUGCCGGGGCGGGACUCCAGCCUGUUCUACAGCUUCGACGUGGGUUCAGUUCACUUCGUCUCCAUCUCCACUGAGGUCUACUACUUCACGAAGUACGGCCUCAAGCUGAUUGUCAAUCAGUACGACUGGCUCAGGAAAGACCUGGCUGAAGCCAAUCUACCGGACAACAGACGCAAGCGUCCAUGGAUCGUCCUGUUCGGUCACCGUCCUAUGUACUGCAGCGACUCCAAUGACAUCGACUGCGCCUGCGAGUACACGCGCUUUGGCCUGCUUGGAGUCUAUGGCUUGGAGCCGCUGCUGAUGGAGUUCGGCGUGGACGUGGUGGUGUGGGCGCACGAGCACUCGUACGAGCGCACGUGGCCGCUCUACGACAACAAGGUCUACAACGGCUCCACGCACCAGCCAUACGUCAACCCGGGGGCGCCAGUGCACAUCAUCACCGGCUCAGCUGGCUGUCAGGAGGGCAGGGACCAUUUCCUCAACACUGAGCCCAAGUGGUCAGCGUUCCGGUCACAGGACUUUGGGUACACCAAGUUUAAGGCUUUCAAUGGAACACAUCUGUACAUGGAACAGGUAUCAGUUGACUUGGAUGGGCAGGUCAUUGAUUCCUUCUGGCUGGUGAAGAACAAGACGGUACCAUUCUCUUUAUAGACGACAUAUUAUUGUACAAGCAGUACGAAAUAUGACCAGCGUCCGACAGGCGCAUGUGUAGACAUAUGACGUUAUUUUUGUUUGGCUAAUUUUAAUUAGACAGAAUUUUGUUGUUAUUAGUACAUUUCUAUCAAUAGGAAUACACGUUGGGUUUUAGUUAAGUAAUUUCCUAAUCAUUAGGCUUUGAGCUACACGACGUACCUAGGUACUUAGGUACCCGAUACUUUUAUGACUUAAUCUUAACUGUGCAUGCAUAUCUUGUCUUGUCAUUUCAUUGUAUUACGAUGAUUGCCCACCUAACACUAAUAAUACGUAGGUAUAGUUUUCAGUGCACUGUAGAAAAUAUAUAAAUAACUGUUAUUAUUACAAUAUCAGUUAAUACUACUUACCUCUAACAGAUAACUCAGCUUUACCAUAAGUAGGUACAGUUACAAACAUUAUAAUACUCAAUAUACACCU